CAAUUAAUUAUUUAUUUUUAUUUGAAAAAAAAAACACUCUCCUUCCAUGUUUCCUUUCAUCAAAUUUCUUCUCUUCAUCAAAGAGCACAUCACGGAUCAUAAUGACAGAAUUAAGACUACCCUUUUUCUCUCUCUUUUCUGCUCCUUUCCUUCUCUUUGUAACUUAUAACUAACAAUCAUCGAUCUCCGCGAUUUUUCAUCUCUUGCGAUUAACUUCCCAUUUUUUCUCUAUCAUGCAUUUGAUCCAAUUCAAUCAUCUUCCUUUUCCUCUUUUUGAUCCUUCUUCUUCUCUUUCUUUUGAUCAUUUCAUAAUUGGAAUGAAUUUUGUUUUUUAGGAUUACUCAAUUUCUUCCUUCGUCGGCAAUGUCUGCUUCUCCGGCGAAGUUCCUCUUCCGAUUUUUGUUCGUUUCCAUCAUUUUAUGGGUUGUCUUUAUAUUUUUUGCAAGGUUGGUGGCCUGGGCUCUGAGCCGAGUUGUGGGGGCAUCGGUUGGAUUUCGAGUGGGUGGAUGGAAAUGCUUAAGGGAUGUGGUGGUGAAAUUCAAAAAGGGUCCCAUUGAAUCUGUGUCCCUAGGCGAGAUCAGAGUCAGUUUGCGUCAAUCGUUGGUGAAGCUUGGGGUUGGUUUUCUGUCAAGGGAUCCAAAGCUGCAAGUAUUGAUAUGCGACUUAGAGGUUGUGACAAGGACUACAAAGUCAAACAAAGGUCCAACUAAAGGAACACAGAAGUCUAAGACCCGUAAAACCCGUUCCGCAGGCAGGGGAAAAUGGAUGGUUAUAGCUAACGUUGCAAGAUUUCUCUCCGUCUCUGUGACAGAUUUGGCAUUAAAGACACCUAAAGCAACGUUAGAAGUUAAGGAUCUGAGAGUGGAUAUAUCAAAAAAUGGGAAUGCCAAACCAAGUCUCUUCAUUAAAUUGUUGCUUUCACCAAUUACUGCUCAAAUGGGAGAACAACGGAUUAGUAAUGAUGAAUUAUCAAACAAUGUUGAUGAGGGAUAUAUGGGUGCGAGUCAGUCAUCUAUUCCAUUGGUGGAUCAGCCUCUUUCUUCUCUUAACUGUGAGGAGCUGUCUCUUUCUUGUGAAUUUGGUCACAGCAGAGAGCAUGGUAUAAUUGUUAAAGAUUUGGAUGUUUCAUGUGGUGAGAUCUCAAUAAAUCUAACUGAAGAGCUGCUUCAAAAACGCAAGCCUUCAUCUGCUGUCAUUUCUGACCCUUCCACUGUGCCAAUGAGUGACAUUAAUUCCAUCAUGAGCACACCUAUGAAAGAAGCACCUUCGUCAAUGACCAAACUCUCAACUGUGUUACCAGAAAAGGCAUCCUUUAGCCUGCCGAAAUUGAAUGUGAGGUUUGAGCAUCAAGGACAAGGUUUGUCAGUGGAGAAUCAUAUCGAAGGUAUUAAAAUGAAAAGUGUAAAAUCACAGUCCAGUGAAGAUGGUGGAGAGAGUACACGUCUCGACAUUCAAGUGGAUUUCAGCGAAAUUCAUCUUUUGAGAGAUUGUGGUACCUCUUUAUUGGAAAUACUGCGGCUCAAUGUUGGUUCUUCUGUGUAUAUACCCCUGCAGCCUGCUUUAGCUGUUAGGGCUGAGAUUGAUGUAAAGCUUGGGGGCACUCAAUGCAACAUGAUAUUGAGUAGAUUGGAACCAUGGAUCCGUCUGUACUUUGCUAAGAAGAAACAAAUGGUGCUUAAAGAAGAAACUGUUACAAUUAAUAGGCCAAUAUCCAAAAAAUCCAAGGCUAUCAUCAUGUGGACUUGUACAGUAUCAGCACCUGAGAUGACUAUCAUCCUCUAUAGUUUGAGUGGUUUGCCUCUGUACCAUGGUUGCUCGCAGUCUUCACAUGUGUUUGCAAAUAACAUUUCUAACAAGGGAACUGCAGUACAUGCGGAAUUUGGUGAAUUAAAUUUACAUCUGGCUGAUGAGUAUCAAGAGUGUAUGAAGGAAUGUCUAUUUGGUGUUGAAACUAACUCAGGAUGUUUACUACAUGUUGCAAAAGUUAGUCUAGACUGGGAUAAAAAAGAUGCUGAUAAACUUCCCGAAGGCGAUCCUAAGUCUACAGCAGCCCUUACUGUUGAUGUGACUGGCAUGGGUAUUUACUUCACCAUGAGACGGGUGGAAUCACUUGUAGUAACUGCUCUGUCUUUGUUAGGUCUUUUCAAAAAAUUGUCUGGUGCUGGUAAGCGGACUCAAGUUCACAGGAAGCAUUCUUCAAAAUCAUCGGGAAAAGGGAUCCGACUUGUGAAACUUGCUCUUGAGCGAUGCUCAGUAAACUUUUGUUCUGAUGUUGGUUUGGAAAGCACACUAAUUGAAGACCCAAAACGUGCAAAUUAUGGAUCGCAAGGAGGUCGUUUUAUGGUCACUGUGUCGGAUGAUGGUACCAAGAGAACUGCAAAUAUUUUUUCAACAGUUUCAGACAAAUGCAAGAAGUUAAAAUAUUCUGUAUCACUUGAGAUCUUACAUCUGAGUGUGUGCUUGAAUAAGGAUAAACAAUCUGCUCAGAUGGAACUUGAAAGAGCUAGGUCAAUUUAUCAGGAACACCCAGAUGAUCAUGUUGUCGGAGCAAAAGUAUUACUGCUUGAUAUGCAGAAUGCGAAAUUGGUACGCCGUUCUGGGAGUCUGAAAGAGAUAGCUGUCUGCUCUCUUUUCAGUGCAACUGACAUUUCUGUUAGAUGGGAACCAGAUGUGCACAUAUCACUUUUUGAGCUAAUGUUAUGCUUGAAAUUACUAGUACAUAACCAAAAGCUCAAAGAAGCUAAUGGAAACGACUCAGAUGUUCCUCCUGUUGUCACCCACCCUGAACAAGGGAAGGAGGUUCUUGCAGAGUUGGGGUAUGUGGACAAACAAAAAAAAAAAAAAGAAUCUGUAUUUGCUGUUGAUAUUGAAAUGCUCAGUUUAUCAGCAGAGGCUGGAGAUGGUGUUGAAGUUAUGGUCAAAGUCCAGUCAAUAUUUUCUGAGAAUGCCCGGAUAGGAGUACUCCUUGAGGGGCUAAUUCUUAGUUUUAAUGGUUGUAGAAUCUUCAGAAGCAGUCGGAUGCAGAUCUCUCGCAUUCCUAAGAUUUUAAAUGACCCAGAUUCGACCUUAAUCACAACUUGGGACUGGGUAAUUCAAGGUCUUGAUGUACACAUUUGUAUGCCUUACAGGUUGGAGUUACGUGCCAUUGAUGAUUCUGUUGAGGAUCAGUUGCGGGCAUUGAAGCUUAUAAUGGCUGCAAAAAAGAAUCUCAUUUUUCCGUUUAAGAAAGAGAGUUCUAAACCUAAAAAGUCUGGUUCUUCAAAAUUUGGAAGUGUCAAGUUUUGCAUACGUAAGUUGACUGCUGAUAUUGAAGAGGAGCCAAUGCAAGGCUGGCUUGAUGAGCAUUACCGACUUUUGAAGACUGAAGCCCGUGAAUUAGCUGUUAGAUUAAAAUUUCUGGAAGAACUUGUCUCCUAUGGCGAUAAUAGCACUGGUUUUACUGACCCUAGCUAUUCUACUUCAUCACAAACUUUAAACUACAAUGGAGUUGAAUUAGACUUGCAAGAUGCUUCGGCCCUUCGCAAAUUAGAGGAAGACAUAUACAAGCAAUCAUUUCAAUCAUACUACAAGGCAUGCCAGAAACUUGUGGCUUCUGAGGGCUCUGGAGCCUGUAGGGAGGGAUUUCAGGCAGGUUUCAGGUCCAGCAGAUCUAGAGCAUCUCUUCUUUCUAUUACAGCCACAGAUUUGGACCUUACCCUGAUGAAAAUUGAAGGUGGUGAAGCAGGAAUGAUAGAAGUAGUCAGGAGACUCGACCCUGUUGCAAAAGAGAAUGAUAUUCCAUUUUCAAGACUAUAUGGAACCAAUAUGAUCUUAGGUACCGGAACACUUGUUGUUCAAAUAAGAGAUUAUACAUACCCCAUUUUAUCAGCUACCUCUGGUAAAUGUGAAGGCUGCUUGGUGCUAGCUCAGCAGGCAACUCCAUUCCAGCCACAGAUGCGCCAAGAUGUGUAUGUUGGUAAAUGGAGAAAAGUUGACUUGCUUCGUUCAGCAAGUGGAACAACGCCACCAAUGAAAACAUAUCUAAACCUUCCCCUCCACUUUCAGAAUGGGGAAGUUUCUUUUGGAGUAGGUUAUGAGCCAGUCCUAACUGAUAUAAGCUAUGCGUUCACAGUGGCUCUUCGAAGAGCUCAUUUAAGCAUCAGGAAUCCUAAUCCCCCUCCUGCACCACCAAAAAAAGAAAAAAGCUUGCCUUGGUGGGAUGAAGUAAGAAACUAUAUCCACGGACAUGCUUCCCUAUUCUUUUCUGAAACCCGUUUUAUUGUCCUUGCAACUACUGACCCGUAUGAAAAGCAUGAAAAGCUCCAACUUUUGACAGGUUUCAUGGAGAUCCAUCAGUCAGAUGGUCGUAUUUAUACCUCUAUUAAGGACUUUAAGAUUUUGACCAGUAGCCUAGAGAAUUUGGCAAAAAGUCGUGGCCUAAAACAUCCUGCAGGUGUAUCUGUUCCUGUCAUCGAAGCCCCAGCCUUCACUUUGGAAGUUAAUAUGGAUUGGGAGUGUGAUUCUGGAACACCACUUAAUCAUUAUCUCUUUGCACUACCUAAUGAAGGGAAACUGCGUGAGAAAGUUUUCGAUCCCUUUAGAUCUACCUCUCUUUCUCUGCGGUUUAAUUUUUCUUUGAGACCUCUUCCUUCUGAGAAACCAUCACAAUCAUCCACUGUUGAGGGUGGUGUAACACAAGGUGCUUCUUCCAGUGCCUCAGUCCAUGACGGGGAAGGUGGUUAUCCUAUCAUAAAACUUGGUGCUCAUGAUUUGGCAUGGAUUAUAAAGUUCUGGAAUUUAAAUUACCUUCCUCCAUAUAAAUUACGGACCUUUUCGAGGUGGCCCCGUUAUGGCGUGCCAAGAAUUCCAAGGUCAGGAAAUCUAUCACUAGAUAGGGUUAUGACUGAGUUUAUGCUCCGAAUAGAUGCUACCCCUACUUGUAUAAAGCACAUGCCAUUGGAUAGUGAUGAUCCAGCCAAGGGACUCACUUUUAAGAUGUCAAAGUUAAAAUUUGAAAUGUGUAAUAGCCGAGGGAGGAAAAAGUAUACUUUUGAAAGUAAGCGUGAGCCUCUCGAUCUUGUUUAUCAAGGGCUGGACUUGCAUGUGCCCAAGGUAUAUUUGGAUCGAGAAGAUUGUACUAGUAUCUCCAAAGUGGUUCAGAUGACCAGAAAAAACUCACAACCUGCAUCUAUGGAUCAAGGAAUAAAUGAGAGAAACAACAUGAGUGCUUGUAUGGAAAGGCCUCGUGAUGAUGGUUUUCUGUUAUCAUCUGAUUAUUUUACAAUAAGAAAACAGUCUCCUAAGGCAGAUCCUGCAAGGUUGCUGGCUUGGCAAGAAGCUGGAAGGAAAAAUCUUGAGAUGACAUAUGUGAGGUCUGAGUUUGAAAAUGGUAGUGACAGUGAUGAACAUACACGGUCUGACCCCAGUGAUGAUGAUGGCUACAAUGUUGUAAUAGCUGACAAUUGUCAGAGGGUCUUUAUUUAUGGACUUAAGCUGCUAUGGAAUAUUGAGAAUCGAGAUGCUGUUUGGUCCUGGGUUGGUGGAUUAUCUAAAGCAUUUGCUCCAUCCAAGCCUUCACCAUCUCGUCAAUAUGCCCAGAGAAAGCUACUUGAAGAGAAGCAAAGACUUGCCAAGAUAGAUAAUCCAGAAGAUACUGACUUGAAACCUUCCUCUGUUGGUGACGCUGGAAAUUCCUCCUCCCCAAAGCAGGAAAAUUCAACAUCAGUUUCCUCUCCAUCUCAUCCUGCAAAAACAGAAGCUUUUUCUGCUAUUUCAAUUGCAAACAGUGUGAAUAUGACUGAUUCAGAGGAGGAGGGGACCCGUCAUUUCAUGGUCAAUGUUAUUGAGCCACAAUUCAAUCUCCAUUCCGAAGAAGCUAAUGGUAGAUUUUUGCUUGCUGCUAUGAGUGGCCGUGUCCUAGCUCGUUCCUUCCAUUCAGUUGUUCAAGUUGGAUUCCAGUUGAUUGAACAAGCGGUCAAUUCAGAAAGCAUACACAACUCUGAGUAUGGACCAGAGAUGACAUGGAAACGAAUGGAAUUGUCUGCGAUGUUGGAGCAUGUACAGGCUCAUGUUGCCCCAACUGAUGUUGAUCCCGGAGCAGGCUUGCAGUGGCUUCCAAAAAUCCGUAGAAGCUCUCCCAAAGUUAAACGUACUGGUGCUUUACUGGAAAGAGUUUUUACCCCCUGUGACAUGUAUUUUCGUUACACUAGGCAUAAAGGUGGGACUCCAGAAUUGAAGGUGAAGCCCCUCAAAGAGUUGAUUUUCAAUUCGCAUAACAUCACUGCAUCAAUGACUUCUCGACAGUUUCAAGUCAUGUUAGAUGUCCUAACCAACCUUCUGUUUGCAAGACCUCCCAAGCCCAGGAAGAGUAGUCUGACCUAUCCUUCGGAAGAUGAUGAUGAUAUCGAAGAAGAGGCAGAUGAAGUGGUUCCUGAUGGUGUUGAAGAAGUAGAAUUAGCUAAGAUCAAACUAGAACACAAAGAGCGCGAGAAAAAGCUACUUCUUGAUGACAUCAUGAAAUUAUCACUUGGUAAUGAUGCUUCUGUGGACCAAGUUCCAGAGAAAGAAGGCGAGUUGUGGAUUAUAUCAUGUGGAAGAUCAACACUGGUGCAAAGAUUGAAGAAUGAGCUUGGGUAUGUGCGCAAGUCAAGAAAAGAGGCAUCAGCAUUAUUGAGGAUUGCUUUGCAAAAAGCAGCUGAAUUACGCUUGAUGGAAAAAGAGAAGAACAAAAGCCCCUCUUAUGCUAUGCGAAUCUCUGUGCAAAUUAAUAAAGUUGCGUGGAGCAUGCUUGUCGAUGGAAAAGCAUUUGCUGAAGCAGAGAUUAAUGAAAUGAUUUAUGAUUUUGACAGGGAUUAUAAAGAUGUUGGUGUGGCUAGAUUUACGACAAAGUAUUUGGUUGUAAGAAACUGCCUGCCAAAUGCAAAGUCUGAUAUGCUUUUAUCAGCUUGGAAUCCUCCACCUGAGUGGGGAAGAAAAGUUAUGCUUCGGGUAGAUGCUAAGCAAGGGCCUCCAAAGGAUGGCAACUCUACACUUGAACUUUUCCAGGUAGAAAUAUAUCCCCUGAAAAUACAUUUGACAGAGGCAAUGUACAGAAUGAUGUGGGAGUAUCUUUUCCCAGAAGAAGAGCAAGAUUCUCAACGGAGGCAGGAAGUUUGGAAGGUUUCAACAACUGCUGGUUUAAAACGGGUGAAAAAGGCUUCCUCGUCACAAGAAGGUUCUGGAUCUGCUGUGGCCAAGGAAACUGAAGGUUUGUCAAGGACAAGUGCCUCUGGACUAUCCUCGACAUCUGCAAGCACUCAUGCUGAGUCCUCUCAGGCAUCAAAACAGAGCAAACCAAAUGCUGUUGUUGUGCCAGAGCUAAGGAGAACGUCUUCUUUCGAUAAAACAUGGGAAGAGAACAUUGCAGAUUCUAUUGCUAAUGAGCUUGUUUUACAACUUCACUCUUCAAGCUCCUCUUAUUCCAAAAGCGGACCUUUAACUGAGCAACAAGAUGAGUCUUCUAAAGUCAAAGGAAAAGACCCUAAACAGAUCAAACAAGGUCGUGCAUCUCAUGAAGAAAAGAAGGUGGGGAAGUCAAAUGAAGACAAAAGAUCAAGACCGCGCAAAAUGAUGGAAUUCCACAAUAUCAAGAUAAGCCAGGUUGAACUGUUGGUCACUUACGAAGGAUCAAGAUUUGCUGUGAGUGAUUUAAGAUUAUUAAUGGAUCAAUUUCAUCGCGUUGAAUUCACUGGAACCUGGAGGAGAUUGUUUUCAAGAGUAAAGAAGCAUAUAAUUUGGGGUGUUUUGAAGUCAGUAACUGGAAUGCAGGGGAAAAAGUUCAAAGAUAAGGCACAAAACCAUAGGGAAGUUGUGGGACCUACAAUCCCUGAUGAUCUUAACCUCAGUGACAGUGAUGGUGGUCAAACAGGAAAAACUGAUCAGUAUCCAGUAGCCUUCCCUAAGCGCCCUGCAGAGGGAGCUGGUGAUGGUUUUGUUACCUCUAUAAGGGGAUUAUUUAAUACUCAGCGUCGGAAAGCCAGAAAAUUUGUGUUGCGCACCAUGAGGGGUGAAGGAGACAGUGAAUACAAUGGGGAAUGGAGUGAAAGUGAUUCAGAGUUCUCACCAUUUGCUAGACAACUUACAAUAACAAAAGCUAAAAAACUGAUUAGACGCCAUACUAAGAAGUUCCGCUCCAGAAAAGGCUCUAUACAACAAAGAGAUUCGCUUCCGUCUUCACCAAAGGAGACAACCAUACCUGAAAGUGACUCUUCCGAUGAAACCUCACCUUAUGAAGAUUUUCGUGAGUAUGAAAAACAGCAACAGUAAGGAUGUGUAGAUACCUUAAAAAUAGGAGGCAGGUCAUAUAUAUUUUUUAGUAGUGAAGUUUCAUAGAGAGCUUAAUAGAGGAGGUCCAUCUCCAGAUGCCACUCUUUUGUUUAAUGUGGUUGGAUUUCUGGGUCUCGUUUCCAAUUUGAUCAAACACAUUGUCUGCCGAGACCUAGACAUCCGGAGCUGUUCGAUCACUUGCAUCUCGCCAAGGGCUCAUUUCUUCAUUCAACUAACUGUGCCUUCAGCAAGUUCUGCACCAAUGAAUGGCGCCAUGAUUUUGUAGGUAUAUUUUUCAAGUGUCCAUUUCUCCUGUAUAUGUUACAAACUAGAUUUAAUAUGCUGAGGAAAGGUACAAUUUGUAUAGAAAGAAAAUUUUGUCCCGCCCCUUUAGAAUUCACACCUUUAGUUUUCAUCUAAAAAGUUUCAGAUAUGUUAAAAGUGAAGUAUUGAUGAUAAAAUAUGCUCAAGUUUCCAAUGAGUAAAAUAUUGCAGUUUUAUUAAAGAAUAAUUUUUUAGAA